UAAGAACCUCGGGUUUUGGGUUUGGAUCCGCGUUGUGCUCAUGACAGCCGUUUCUCAACAACACUAGACCGGCUCUGGUUGGCUGCCAUUCAAUGGGAACUGAGAAGUUUAUCCUAAAUUCAUGGACCUCAAGUCGCCACAACUGUGAGUUGUACGUAAGAACGUCCAAGAAUUUGCUUCUUGACCUGCUCUUGUUUAGUUGUCAUUUUACAGGUGGUUCCCGCUUUUUGCCAUUCAUUGUCUUUUAACUGUUUGUGAUAGCGGCUGCUGCGUUUUCCUUGUUUCUGUAUUCUUAUUGUCUGCCUGAAUGUCCUGUCCUAUCCUCUCUAUUCCAUCUCCUCUUGACAGCAUGUAGAAACUUGUAGCGUCGGAUCUUCGAUGGCAUUCUCGGGUCUGUUUCUCGAGCUUCUUGCUUUGGUGCUGGUGCUGGAGUUGAGUCAUUGUCUCGACUAUAGUGAUGCGCUCUCGAAAUCUAUUCUUUUCUUUGAAGCCCAGAGAUCCGGUCCACUUCCGAGCAGCCAACGACAGAAUUGGAGAGGCGACUCGGGCCUGUAUGACGGAGCCGCUGAGAAUGUUGAUCUCGUUGGUGGCUACUAUGAUGCCGGUGACAACGUCAAGUACCUUUUCCCAAUGGCAUUCACCAUCACAAUGCUGUCCUGGGGAGCUAUCGAAUAUGGCAACUCGAUGGCUCAACUUGGAGAGUUACAGAACGUCCUCGAUGCUAUCCGGUGGGGGACGGAUUUUAUGAUCAAGGCCAACACAGGUCCUACCACGCUCUGGGUCCAGGAAAGUUAUUUACAUGAUUUUUUAUUUCUCAGUCUGAACUUGGGACUUACUAUGCAGGUUGGAGAUCCAAGAGCGGAUCAUAACUGUUGGGAACGACCAGAAGACAUGGACACUGAUCGUCAGCUGUACAAAGUUGACGAAAACAAUCCAGGGACGGAGAUAGCUGCUGAAACUGCUGCGGCUCUUGCUGCUUCUUCAAUUGUGCUUUCGGGAGUUGAUCCUGGGUACUCAAAUUUCCUUCUUCGGCGAGCAGAAGCUCUCUUUGAGUUUGCAAAUCAGUAUCGUGGUUCUUUCUGGAAAACGUGUCCAUUCUAUUGUUCUUUCAACGGUUUCCACGAUGAGCUUCUCUGGGCCGCUGCUUGGCUGUUCAAAGCCACAAAUGCCGCCUCCUAUCUCGAUUUCAUAGAACGCAACAUGGACAAAAGUGUUCCCACUAGCGAAUUCAGCUGGGAUAACAAGCAUGCUGGUGUACAAGUUUUACUUUCAAAUUUUUACCUUUCUGGGCAGGAGUCGCUUGCAAAGUUUAAGGACCAUGCUGACAGAUUUUUCUGCUCGGUACUUCCAUACAGUCCUGUUAACCGAGUCUCCACUACUCCAGGUGGCAUGAUGUUUGUUAGAACUGGCGCUAACAUGCAAUACGUAACUAGCACCUCGUUUCUGGCUGCCGUGUUUGGUGAUUAUCUUCAAGCAGCAACCCAAACACUUGCGUGUCAAGACUACAUAUUUGCACCGGACACUCUGAUGUCGUUUGCACUAAACCAGGUGAAUUACAUUCUUGGUCAGAAUCCCUUGGGGAUGUCUUACAUGGUUGGCUACAGCAAUUAUUAUCCUUUAGAACCGCAUCACAGAGGAGCGUCGAUAGUUUCAAUCUACGAGGAUUCGACGCCUGUGAAUUGCGUGCUGGGAUUUAACGAGUGGUUUUACAGACCUUUCCCGAAUCCGAAUGUCCUGACUGGAGCAAUUGUUGGGGGUCCAGACCGCUGGGACGCAUUCUUGGACUGGAGGCCGAACUCUGCCCAGCUUGAACCUACCACAUAUAUCAAUGCUCCUUUUGUCGGUCUUCUUGCCAGGAUUUGUAGCCUCUACAACUUCUUCUAAACCAGGUAGGAAAAAUGGGAGCAUUGCUGCAUCUUAAAUCAAACUUCUGGUUAGUCUGGUUCUUGUUCUCUUUAAUCCAAUUCAUUAUUCAUCUAGGGC